AGUCACUUUUCUGCUGGUCGGUCCAGUCUGGGACCCUCAGCUUUAUGAGUGGGCCCAGAGAGUUGAUUCGGAGGCUUCGCUGGUCGCGCCGGAGCCUCCGGGCAGCCAUGGAGGAGGAGGAAGAGCAGCCACCGCGGGAGGCCGGCACGGAGCCCGCUGUGUCCUCAGGAGCCUCGGAGGCGGUGCCCAGGGUGCUUCCCGGAGACCCCCAGAGCCUGUGUUUGUGUCCCCAGGAACACUCAGUGCUGGGCAGCAGGGGUGGACAGCUCCCAACCGACGUGGACGCGUUCAACCUGCUUCUGGAGAUGAAGCUGAAGAGGCGGCGAGAGCGGCCCAACCUGCCGCGCACGGUGACAGAGCUGGUGGCUGAGGAUGGCAGCCGGGUGUACGUGGUGGGCACGGCCCACUUCAGCGACGACAGCAAGAAGGACGUUGUGAAGACGAUCCGCGCGGUGCAGCCCGACGUGGUGGUGGUGGAGCUGUGCCAGUACCGCGUGUCCAUGCUGAAGAUGGACGAGCGCACCCUGCUGCGGGAAGCCAAGGAGAUCAGCCUGGAGAAGCUGCAGCAGGCCGUGCGGCAGAACGGGCUCAUGUCUGGGCUGAUGCAGAUGCUGCUGCUGAAGGUGUCGGCCCACAUCACCGAGCAGCUGGGCAUGGCCCCCGGCGGCGAGUUCAGGGAGGCCUUCAAGGAGGCCAGCAAGGUGCCCUUCUGCAAGUUCCACCUGGGGGACCGGCCCAUCCCCGUCACCUUCAAGAGGGCCAUCGCGGCGCUCUCCUUCUGGCAGAAGGCCAAGCUGGCCUGGGGCCUGUGCUUCCUGUCGGACCCAAUCAGCAAGGACGACGUGGAGCGCUGCAAGCAGAAGGACCUGCUGGAGCAGAUGAUGGCAGAGAUGAUCGGCGAGUUCCCGGACCUGCACCGCACCAUCGUGUCCGAGCGCGACGUCUACCUGACCUACAUGCUGCGGCGGGCCGCCCGGCGCCUCGAGCUGCCGCGCUCCUCUGACGCUGAGCCCCGGAAGUGCGUCCCCUCCGUGGUGGUCGGCGUCGUGGGCAUGGGCCACGUCCCCGGCAUCGAGAAGAACUGGACCACCGACCUCAACAUCCACGAGAUCAUGACCGUGCCGCCGCCGUCCGUCUCCGGCAGAGUGUCCCGGCUGGCCGUGAAAGUCGCCUUCCUGGGGCUGCUGGGCUAUGGUCUGUACUGGAUGGGGCGCCGCACCGCCAGCCUGGUCCUGUCCCUGCCCGCCGCCCAGUGCUGCCUGCAGAGGGCGCCCUCAGCCCGGCUGAGCAAAUAGGAAGGACCCAGGGAGCUGCGCGUCCGGGGGAGGGGGCCUGGGGGCCCCUGCGGAAGGGCAGCUCCUGGGUGCCACCCCCCAGGGAUCUGGGCGCAGCCUCGCCUGCCUCCCCACCCACCCAAAUAAAGAAUUAUUUAACUGCUCUGAGCUCAGGCUUCCCAGACGCCCCCACCCAGGGGCCGUUCAUGGGGUUUAUGGGCAUCAGGCAAGGGUCGGAGGGGCUGAGGUGCGCGCUGCCCCCUCGGCCGCCAGGUGGCGGGAUGUGGUGGGUCACCGCCGGCCGGCCCCUCCCUCACUGUGCCUUUGAGCUGGGUGCCUGCGGCAGCAGCGGGGGCGGCGGUCCUGCCGCAUGCUGAGGAGCACCGCGCCUGCAGCCCUGGCGUGGCUCCUGGCGUGUCCCCCAGGAGAGCAGCGUGGCCCAGCUCGGUGGCCCUGGCCGCACCCAGCACCGCUCUGCCUGCGGAGGUGGUGUGUUUUGGGCUUUUUUAAAUUUCUGAAAUUUUUUACUCAGGAAAUUUUAACUUAAAAAAAACUGAAGCAGAUGUCAGGAAAUAGAGCCUUAAACCUGGUUUGGACAGAGGGUCGCAGCCCUGAGAGGGCGGGCGAGGCCGGGGCAGCCUUGGACGGGGGGCCGGGACACAGCCCGUCCGCUGGCCCGCACCCGCCCCCAGCCCGAGGGCCCCAGGAGCAGGAGCCUGCCCCGCUGGGGGGCCGAGCCUGCUUCCUGUGCCUCGGGCGGGGCUCCCCGACACGGCGCUUGCCCCUCGGGGGUGCGUGUGGUCCGUGGGUCCUGGUCGCGCAGCCCGCUGGGCCGGUUGUGGUGACUCGGUGUCCAACCAAACCCGGCAAAGCCCACAGCCAUGUGCAGGCCGGGGAGCCUCCUGCGGCCCUGCGCCCUUCCUGUCGCUUGCGCGUGGGUGCGUGUUCCUCAG